GGAGGGCGGGGCCCCGCCGGCGCCGUCAAGUAGCCCGGGGAACGGCCGGCGCCGCGGAGCUGGUUGAGCGGCCGGAGGCCGGAGUGCUCGGCGUUUUCCGCCGGACUUCGGCCAGUGCCCGCGCGGCUGUGUCCUCGCAGCGCUGCCCGCCAUGCACCCGCCGGCCCCUGCCGCGCUGGGGCUGCUGCUGCUGCUGCUGCUGCCCGGCAAGGCCGCCAAGAAGCCGACGCCCUGCAAGCGGUGCCGGGAGCUGGUGGACAAGUUCAACCAGGGAAUGGUGGACACGGCAAAGAAGAACUUCGGCGGUGGGAACACGGCAUGGGAGGAAAAGUCACUGUCCAAGUACGAGUUCAGCGAGGUCCGCCUCCUGGAGAUCGUGGAGAGCCUGUGCGGCCCCAGCGACUUCGAGUGCAACCAGAUGCUAGAGGAACACGAGGAGCGCCUGGAGGCCUGGUGGCUGCGGCUGAAGAAGGACCACCCUGACUUGUUUGAGUGGUUUUGUGUGAAAACGCUGAAAGUCUGCUGUUUGCCAGGAACUUACGGUCCACACUGCCUCGAGUGCCAGGGCGGGUCUGAGAGGCCCUGCAGCGGGAACGGCCACUGCAGUGGGGAUGGCAGCCGACAGGGCGACGGGUCCUGCCAGUGCCACCUGGGGUACCGGGGGGCUCUGUGCACCGACUGCAUGGAUGGCUACUUCAGCUCGCUGCGAAACGAGACGCAUAGCGUCUGCACAGCCUGUGACGAGUCGUGUAAGGCGUGCACGGGCCCGACCAACAGAGACUGCAGCCAGUGCGAAGUGGGCUGGGUGGAGGAGGAUAACGCCUGCGUUGAUGUGGACGAGUGUGCGGCAGACACGCCCCCCUGCAGCGACCAGCAGUACUGCGAGAACACCAGCGGGUCCUUCCAGUGCGAAGAAUGUGACUCUACCUGUGUGGGCUGCACGGGGAAGGGCCCAGCACAAUGCAAAGAGUGCGUCGCCGGAUACAGUAAAGAAAGCGGCCAGUGUACAGACAUAGACGAGUGCUCACUGGCAGAAAAAGCGUGUACAAGGACAGACGAGAACUGCUACAAUACUCCUGGGAGUUACGUCUGCGUGUGUCCCGAAGGCUUCGAGGAAACAGAAGACGCGUGUGUGCAGAUGCAGCCGGCAGGGGACAAUGAAGUCACAGAGGGAAACCCGACACAGCCACCCUCCCGUGAAGACCUGUAACAUGCAUUCAGAGUCGGAGCCACACCUGCCCUUUAAAUUAUUCACUGACGUCUUGGAGACGGCCCAGAGCGUGUGCUCUGUGUCUCCAGCGGGUGGUUGGAGGGAGAAGCUGCCUUCAGAACGGUGGAUGCUCAUCCGGCCCUUUAAAAAGCUGCAUUUUUGGUUCUUAAACAGAUUUGUAUAUUUUGAUACUGGUCUUUAUAAUAAAAGUAACCACUGAAGGUAGUCAGGCAUAGAA